UAACUUUGUUGUUUUAUUUGUCAAUGUAGCACAACCUAAGAAAACAUGUGGAAAGGCGAACAACAAAAAAUUAUAUAUUAAAUUUAGAAACAACAAAAAUCAGCCACUACCCGUUGAGAUUAGUAUAAGGGGGGGUCAGUAUAAAUUUGUUGGAGUUAAUGCCCAGGAUAUUAUACGGAUGAUAUCGAAUGAAGUUGCAAGGGUUGCUCCUUUUUAUCACCAUACUUGGCAGCGUGUUCCAGAUGAAACAAAGAGAGAUAUAUAUACCACAAUUUAUCAAUAUUUUGAUCUUGUUUCGUUUGAAGACACAAGUGAGUGGCCAGGUGUACAACUCGGAAUUCAGGCCGAGUGUCAAAGAAGCUACAAGGCGCGGAAAUCGAAAUAUAAGUCACAUUAUGAUACAUAUGAAAAUGUUGAAACUGCAAAGAAUAAUCCGCUGGACGACUUUGCAUCUGAACCAGAAAGGUGGAUUGAGAUUAUUGAUCGGUUGUACCAAGAUCCGGGAUAUAUAAACCAAUGUGUAAAAAACAGACAAAAUAGAACAAAAUUGCGCUAUACAAGUUAUCAUGGAACUCAGUCAUAUGCGCAAAAACGACACAUGCGGCUGCCCGGGCACAUGAAUCCUGUUGAAGGUUUUAAAUCAUUGCAUUGGAAAGAAGACACGGGAUGGGUAAACGAGACCGCAUCAUUGGACCAUGAAAAGAUUCUAGCAGAAGCUCGAAGGAUAGAACGUGAUGUUGGUGAUUUAUCACCAAAUGAUCAAACUGAAUGUAUGAAAAACGCUCUAGGGGAAAGGCGUGGUCAUAUAAAAGGUGUUGGACAUGUGGUGAGAAAGCCGACCCAGGAGGUGUCCUCGGGUAGACAACUCACCCCACGAGAAUAUUGGCAACAAAAUGUUGGUAAUGUAAUUGAAGAAAAUAUUGCAAAACGAGUGGAAGAACAAGUACAAAGAAAUGAACAAGAGUUUCAUAGAAGAGUUGAAGAACAAGUUUAAAGACAAGUUAACC